GCCCUCCAGCGCAUGAGCCACUCGCUUACGAUGCCAGUGGUGGCAAGUCGUCUUCACCAUGUGCUUCGGAGAUACACACCUGUCCAUCAUCGCAAGCUCUGGUAGAGCCCUCUCACAAUUCCGCGUCAUCGAACUCGAACACCCCGGACUUACAAAAACUGUGUCCGCGUGAUUACGGGAUCAUAUCCAUUGAUCAAAGUUAUGUUGGUCGUUAUGAGAGGACGUCACACUUGGCGGUGUAUCACCAUAUGCGUAACCAGGAUUGUUAAAAAAGGAAUCUGACAACACCCAUACGCCUCAUCAAUGUUUAAGUUUGCGCUAUAUCCUGAAGCCGUGGUGAGGUCCUCGUUGGAACCACAAUCAAAGAACGCAGCAUUGUGGGUACCGGACGCUUCCCGCAGUCACCAAGGCCGUUCUCCUCGAAGGUCAAUUGAUUCUUCGACAUUAUAUAAGUAGAAGGCCAGCAGGUGAGAGACAGCCGCUCUUCUUCCGUCACCGAAACAUGAUCCCAUCCUUUCAGCAGGACGCAGUGACCCACCCGCUACUUGUUAUCGACUACCAGCGCGUGGCAAAUGGAGACGAGCAGGAGAUAGACGUGCUGUGGCAUGCUGCGACCAAAUUGGGAUUCUGGUAUCUGAAGGUUCAUGGCGCAGACGACGAAGUGGACGAAAUGUUCGAGAAAGCGCGAGGAUGGGGGACCCAUUUUACGAGCGUUGAUCUUUCGGAGAUGCACAGGACUCUCUAA